GCUGCCGAUGACGGAGCGUGGAGGAGAGUCUGCCAGCGUCUUACCCUACCGGAUUGUGCUGAAGCUCCUAUCCUAAAGAAGCACUUUUCCGAAGAGGCUGUCUCUAACGAGUGGCAGAAUCUGGCCGAAUCUUUUAUGAAAUUUUCAGCCCUUGAUUGUACUCGCCGUCUCUACCUACAAAGAUUGCUGCAAUGGGCACCAGUUACUUUCGGCUCCUUCCUCUCGAAUUGCCUGAGUCGGGAUCUCUCCGGCGAUUAUCUCUCAGUAACUGGAGACGAAGUUGCAAUCAUGCUCACAGAGCCGGGAAUGUUGUACAACAAGGAACUUUUGAAUAGCUUACCGCGGUAUCAGGUCAAAUCAAAUGUUGAGGACGAAGACUUCAUCCCUAAGAAACCAGCUAAAAAACCGCAAACUUUCCUUGAGUCGCUGGCCUCUGAGUUGACCGCCAAGCAGAUGGAGACAGUAACGACAGAAAUGAAACGUGAGGAGAAAAUCCGGGAGAGAAUGCUCAAGCUCUACCAAUCCGGACUUCAUCGUGUGGAUGUGCUCACCACAGCGGUCACCGUCAUACGGAACAUUAAUUGGCCCGAGCUGCAACUGGACUUCCUCGAACAGAACUCCACCACCGUCUCCAAGCUCACCUUCAGCCUGCUCUCCAACCCCCUG